AUGCCACUUGGAUUGCAACAUCACCUGGAGACAACAUCUGCCAGGUAUAAAAGGUCGAAAUACGAUCGAAAAGAUGCUCAACUCUUCGUCACACUCCGUACAAGCAACAUGAGGUUCCUUCUGCUAACAGUGCUGUGUUCGGUGGCGUCGUUAACAGCCGCCGUUGAGAAACCAAAGAGAGAUAUUUUACCUGGUGAUUUACGUUACGGAACUGAUUAUCAUCAUAAUCAUCAUCAUCAUCAAGAGAACGAGUUAGAAAUAUCUAAAUCUCUCGGUGGCUAUGUUGGUUCUUACAGUGUUCCGGAUGAUGAAUCAAAACAAAGUUACGGUCCACCUGAUCAUCAACCCAGCAAACCAUUGAGCAUAGAACAGCAUACGACAAUUGUAAAAACUAAUCCUCAAGUCCCAUUACCUACUUAUGGAAUUGUCGAGGUUAAUCAAGCACAAACACUCAACAAACAAUACUUAUCUCCUGUUAUCGAUGCGGCUAAAAAAGUUCACUUAAAAACUCUUACGACUUUAACAAAACCAGUCGAGACGACUCUAUUGAAGAAAGAAACUGUAGAUUAUUUGACACCUUCGAUUAAGGCUCCGGUUACAUCUUAUGGAGAACCUGUAACUACCGUCGAAGUUAAAACACCAGUAAACACUCAAGAGUCAACUUCAUACGAGGUUCCUGCGGUGAAGACUUUGGCUGUCGAUACAAAAUUAGAACAGACAGUGCUCCCAGAAGUCCAUGAUCAUUUAGAAGAAACAAAGACAGUUCAAAAAACUCAACUAACUGUACCGCAAGUUUCAGAUGUAGCACAUCACACACCAGUGAUAGACUCAAGUUUACUCCUUCCAGUAAACAAUCUCCCGAUUCAUCUCAACACCGACACUGAUUUCUCCAACUUGACACCUCUGACGAUUGACCAAUCGAGCACGUUCGCCGAUCAUGUGCAAAGUCCGCCUAGCUUCGACACAGCUUAUCAAUUUAAUCUCCGAAACAUUGGUGCUUUUGGUAGUCAACCGAAAUUAUUGAACGGUCAAUUACCAUAUGUUAGUUCACAUACUUAUGGAGUUCCUUACCAAUUCCCACAAUCCCAGUACACUUCACGAAUUCAUCAAUCUUUACCUUCUCAAUUAAAUAACUUGGUUCCUUAUCCAUUGGUAGGUAACAAUAAUUUAUUUACAAGUAACAUUGGAGUUAAAGAAUCUGGAUCAAUCGGUUCAUUAUUCCAAGAAACUUUCCCUAAUCUUCAACUCCCUCAAUUUCCACAAUUACCCCAAUUACCCCAAUUACCACAAUUUCCAAAUCUUGGGUCACUUUUCCAAUUACCAACUUCAUCUCCGGCUCCAACUCCAGAAAAUCUCGAAACUGUCGAAAUUCGAAAACCGAUUGAAGGAAAGAAAUUAGAGACAACUGAUAGCAAACCAGUUGCUCUUGAUACUUCGUUGACAAAGACAAGCACGGUUGUUACCAAAACGUCAAAUGGAUAUACUCAACCUGUUGAUGAAAAUGGUGGAUACAUUUAUUAA